GAGAAGUGGUCCGCCGACUUCCCACCCGGUAGUGCUACAGGACCGGCUGCCUCUCUUGGCCGGCGUGGAUCCUCGCCACUAAUCCAGUCCUGCAUUGGCUUAUCACAGAGCGCAAUUCGGGCAUGUGCCUGGGCCCAGAAGGUGGGCUGGUGGAAGGUCGCCUCUGCCCAGAGAAUUCCCAUCCGUUUGCAUAUAAGUUAACCUCGCGCCUGUCCGACUUGGCUCUGCAUCGUGUGCAACGCCUCACCAGCGACGACGGCCUUCAUCUCCCUCCGGAGAUACCAAGAGUGCUUAACUAGCUCUCCAACCUCUCAUCGCGAAGGCCAAGAUCAACCAUUUGGAUAGUCGAAUCCCUCCUCAAUUUCACCUAUCACCUAUCGACGACUAGAUGACCGACUUUGGACCUCGUGCCCCCCAUGGGCCCGAUAUGUCCGGGACGCACAAUCCCCUCGAGGAUAUGGACAUCCACGAGAAGGGUGCCUUCGACGUUCUGAUUCGUCCGGAUGACAGCUAUACCCCGGACGGUACCUACUGGGCCGAUCUGCCCCUCCUCAAGAAGCUCAAGUUCGUGAGCUCCUACGAUGCCGCAGAAGCCAAGCGCGAACUGAGCGGGAUCUGGGAGAUGACGAAGCAAGAUCCCUUGUCCCCUAUCUCGUAUUAUUUUCGGAACAUGGUGCUUCCUGGUGCGGGUCUAGGCCUAGAAGGUUAUGUGCUCUUCUCCAUUGGAAACGUGAAACCUCUCUUCCAAGCCGCCUUCAAGUCGUGUUGGAAGGAUCAUAAAAUUUGCGAUCCACAGUGGCUCAACUCCAUCGAAUACCUCGAGAUCAUUGGUAUCAUCGUAGGUCAGAUCUUGGUUGGAAUUCUGGGUGACUGGGUUGGUCGUCGUUGGGGUCUGAUUCAGGAUGCUGCAAUCAUGUUUCUCGGCUUGGUCAUGCUCACAGCUGCCUGGGGUGUGACCCAGAAUGGCUGGGUUAUCUGCUACGCCUGGUCGCUCUUCAUCUACGGUAUUGGUGUUGGAGGGGAAUAUCCCAUGACGGCUACCAGCGGUAUGGAGAAUGCCGUGGGUUCCGGAAAAGUCUCGACCAAGGAGGACCGCCUGCACCGUGGCCGGAAGGUCACCAGCGCUUUCUUGAUGCAAGGUUGGGGGCAGUUCUUCAACCAGGUGCUUCUCAUCAUCUUGUUGCUCUGCUUCCAUCAUGGCAGCGGUAACCCUCCAUACUCGACCGUGUCCGCCCAGUGGGUGUACCGUAUUUCCUUCGCGAUUCCUGCGGUAGGCACCUUGUGGCUGGUCUACUACCGUGCCUAUCACAUGAAGGCGGCGAGCAAGCAGUUGGUGACCGCGAAGAAGAAGGCUUCCGUCACCGGCUACGAUUUCAACUCUCUGGCUCUGACCUUCAAGUACUUUGGACCCCGUAUUCUGGCCACCGCGGGUGGUUGGUUCGCCAACGAUGUCUUUUUCUACGGCAACAAGCUUUUCCAGUCUGAAUUCAUCUCGGUCAUCAGCCCCCACUCCAAGUCCAUCAUGCCGACUUGGCUCUGGAACUUGGUCAAUGUGGGUGUCUCGCUGUGUGGUUACUACUUGGCCUCGUUCUUGAUCGAUAACAAGCUCUACGGCCGCAAGUGGAUGCAGAUGAUCGGUUUCUUGAUGUGCUUCAUCCUCUUCGUUGUUCCCGCUUUCCACUUCAAGUACUAUACCAGCGCGGAACACAUCAAGGAGUUCCAAACGAUGUACUUCUUGAGUUCCUUCUUCAACCAGUUCGGCCCUAACUCGGUAACCUUCCUGGUGGCAGCCGAGGUGUUCCCCACUCCCAUCCGUGCCACCGCCCACGGCCUGUCGGCCGCCGCCGGUAAGGCUGGUGCUCUUUUGGCCUCUGUUCUGUACAACUACAUCGAUACACAGACCAAGUUCUACGUGGUUCCCUGGUUUGGCCUGGCGGGCAUGGUCCUCACCUUCGUCUUCCUUCCCGACACUACAGGCCUUGAUCUCAAGGAACAGGAGCGUCGCUGGCAGUACAUCCGUGACGGCCGGGAGCAUGAAUACCAUGGUCCUGCCGUUCACUCCAAGCACUUGUCCCUCUGGGAACGCAUAACUGGCGUUGGCAAGUACUACGACGCUGAAGCCGAUUACAAGCAGAAGGUUGAGGAGUACCGUGCCGAAUGGGAGACCGCUAUGGCCCGCCGCAUCGCCGAGAAGGACAAGGGUGAGGAGCUUGAAUUGGAUACCGAUGAAAGCCUCUUGGAAGGCCAUGUCCAUGCCUACUUCCACCGGACGAGUCCCAUGUUCCGCCCGAUGGAGCAGAAUGCCAAGGGGGAUAACUUUGCUCUCCCCCCAGCGGCCCAGGAGGACGACUCGACUGCUUCUUUCAACGAAAAAUCUGAAAAAUCCACCUGAUCGACUUUAUACCCAUUUGCUGAAUCUUAUGACUGUUUGGGACGUGAUAUCUCCUUCGCACGAAUUCCUCUGGUCUCUUUUUACUUUUUCCCUUUUAACCUGUAUAGCCUAAUUUCCUUUUCGAUGUGUGUCGUUUGUUGAACUGGCUGACGGGAGAGAGCCAUUUGCAUUGAAAGCUGUAAAUACCCACGUAUAUAGUAUAGACUUGUCUAAUGAUGCAUACCCUAAACCACUAGCGCGCUGAGUUCACAGCAGAUCGCAAAUCAGUGCACUCUUCUUUCCACUGACAGAUCUUUCCGAUCUAAUCUUGAUAACUUAAAAAAGCUUAGAUUAGUAUACGAUCAGGUGACACAUGUAGUACAAUGGAACCAUGAAAAAAUAAUAGAUCAAUCCAGUCCACAACCAGUAGGCGGUACAUGAAUUAACCCGAUAACGAU